GCCGUGGUGCGUGGUGGCUGGGCUCAGUCCUCAUAUGUCUUGAAAGGUCAAAAUGAGUGCAAUCAUAUACAUCAAGGCUGCUGUCGACACCUAGCUAUAUAGCUAUAUAUACAUCCCUCUCCCAACCAUUCCGACCCCUCCUUGAACGCUCAGCCCUGUCGGUAUAUAUUGGAUGAUCUCUGCCGGAUAUUGGUGUCUGACCAGAUGCAUCGAGGACAGAGUGCUGCCGAAUACAACCUUGAGCUCUCUGGGCGCUUUACCUCUCUCCCUCUUCGUCACUCACCCAUCGAGUACGUACACAGUCGGAACUAGCCAACUCUUAUUAAUCACGACAUCCAAAGUUUCUUGUGGAAUACGAAUGCCUUGGCCAGACCUCCAGCACAGUCCAAGUCCUAACAGUGGAUCUAGGUAAGAUCGCAUGUCCCGACAGAGUACAAAUCUAAAAACCCUCGAUGAUCCUCGAGAGAGAAUUAAUCGCGUCGACCAAACAUUGCAAAGUUAAUACACAACUACCCACAUCAUAACGGAGACACAUGUGUCUGCCCUGUCCUUUCGAUUAAACCAAUCAUUGAACUUUGUUUUCGGAUGUCCAUUGCCUUGCCUCGCGGGCAUUUUCCAGAACAAGGAUUGAAACUGUUGGUUUAACACAAUCUACAAUUGUUCAAUCCAAUCUCAGAGAAUAUCAUCGAGUUCCUGCAUAUCUCUGAUCUCUCCUCAAUCGCCAAACUACGCCACGAUGUCCAUGGCCGCGGAAACCGAAAAUUACGAUUAUGCCAGUGGGCAAUCAGAAGCAGGGAAAUCUCCCCUUUCAUCAAGUUUGAGUUUCCUCAAGGGCCUCACGGAAAAGAAAUCUACGCGGGUUGACGGCUCGACACCGAAAAGAAGAGGACCCAAACCCGAUAGUAAACCUGCCUUAACAAGGAGGCAAGAAUUAAACCGACAAGCUCAGAGAACCCACCGAGAGCGCAAGGAAUUAUAUAUUAAAGCCCUAGAGCAAGAAGUACUUCGAUUGAAAGAAAAUUUUAGUAGCGUCACUCAAAGUAAACAGACCCUCGCAGAAGAAAAUCGACAGUUAAAGCAACUUCUCGCACAACAUGGUAUAUCGUGGAAUGGCAGCGGAGGAGUCGACGAAUUCACAAAUAAUCCAAGUUUAGGAUAUAAAUCGAGUGAUAGUCAGGCCGGCAGUUAUGCGCCAGGCUCUUCAUCAUUCAGUCCACCUCCUCUAAGCCACUCUUCGAAUUCAAAUCCAAACAGUACCUAUUACGAUGCUGGAUCGCCUCAAUUGAGAGGAGCGCGCCGAUUUCACAAUGGAAAUGAUAGCAGCAUGGCGCAUCAACAAGUUCAAGGUGUGGAUUAUGAUCAAGCAGGAAUUGACUUUGUUUUAACGUAUGGCAAAGAUUCCUCCAGCACGUUUUUAUCGCCUCCGCGACAAUAGCUAACGGCAAAAUACUGAUAUCAGACUCGAGAGACCUUGUAUGGACCACAUGCAAUUCUUAGUCGAACGAUCCAGCGAUGCUGAUGGAGAGUUUUUCUCCGGCCAUGCUUUAAUGGCUACUUGUCCUCCAGAACCAGAUAUGGAGAAGCACCCAGAUAUACCUUUUGGGCAUUGCCUGCCACAUAAUCAUAGUCAUGAAUCAGAUGUAAUGAAUGGGGGUGCUCCAAAACAAAAGACGUGGGACUUGAGCAAGAGCGAUCUAGCUAAUUUAUUAGAUUUGAGUAAGAGGUUAGACUUGAAUGGAGAGAUUACACCGGUUAUGGCAUGGGGUAUGGUAUUGGGACAUCCACGAUUUCUGGAAUUAACGGAUGUUGACCUGAAGAGUAUGAGUGAAGAGCUGUUACCUAAGGUCAGGUGUUAUGGAUUUGGGGCCGCACUCGAGGAAUUCGAAGUACGGGAUGCUUUGGAGGCUCGGUUCGUGACGGAUCCAAUCGAUGUGUCUCCAAGCUAAAGACAUUCUUUGUCAUGACUAUUCUAUUAUAAGUUACAUUCAUAUUAAAGGGGAGGAGAGGGGGUUUCUUAAUGGGUGCAGCGCAACCCAACGCGAUACAUGAUGUGUAAUGAUUGGACAUUAUUAGUGUGGAUUAUAAUCAAUCUCACGAAAUAUAGAUACCCGUUUUUUUUUGUUUUUUUUGGAUACUUUAGGGUUAGAACGAGCUUUUAUGCCAUUCAUUUACUAAUUAUCAAAUCCAAAUCCA